CAACGAUCUAUCCACAGAACUGUUUGUAAUCGUGCGAGUCUAAAUACACCACAAAAAUGCUUGGAAUCGAAAAUUUCCCCGAGUACGAGGUGCCUGGAGCGCGGAAGGUGCAGUUUUAUCCAUACGAAUCGAAUGGCGGGAGUGUAGUGGCCAUUGCCGGCGAUGAUUUCGCAGUAAUCGGAGCAGACACACGGUUAAGCUCAGGCUACUCCAUCCACACACGCACUCAGGAUAAGCUGUUCCGGUUGUCGGAUCAAACGGUUCUGGCGUCGACCGGUUGCUGGUGCGAUACUCUCGCACUAACCAGUCUGGUGAAGGUGCGGAUGCAAAUGUACAAGUACCAGCACCAGAAGAAUAUGUCGACUCCGGCCGUCGCCCAGAUGCUUUCAAUUUUGAUGUACAACCGUCGGUUCUUCCCUUACUACGUGUCUAACGUAUUGGCCGGUCUCGACCAGAAUGGAAAGGGAGUCGUGUACAGCUACGAUCCCAUCGGACACUGUGAGAUGACGACGUACCGUGCUGGAGGAUCUGCCGGUCCUUUGUUGCAGCCAGUGUUGGAUAAUCAAAUUGGUCUGAAGAAUAUGGUCAACAUAGACCCGGAACCAGUUAAACUAGAGAAAGCAGUUUCGAUUAUCAAGGAUACGUUUAUUUCGGCUACGGAGCGCGAUAUUUACACGGGAGAUUCCGUUGUCAUCAACAUCAUCACCAAGGAUGGCAUUAAGGAGGAAACUUUGCAUCUUCGUAAAGAUUAAAUUUUGUUUUUUUUCGAGGUUGUCGAUUAUGGCCUCCCUUCAUUUGCCCUAAUAAAUUUCGAAAAAUCAUACAACAAUUUUGGUUGUUUUACGUUCCAUUCG